UACAAACUUCACACGCUUAUACAUAUAUUCAAGAAGCUAAAGAAUAUCAAGAUACGUGGCUCUCAAGCAGUAUGGUCUUGUUAAUGGUUCAAAUAAUCUGUAUUCUGAUAUUAGUUCUUUCUGGAUUGAAUGAAUGCAGUGACACAACGUCUUGUUUAUCACCUUCCUACAAUAAAUAUCUUGGUGAAUUUAAUCAUUUAGAAGGAAAUGAACAAUUUGCUUGUGAAACGAAGUUCUCUUUGUACGUCAAAGAAACUAUAAAGGAUACAGACAACAAGAUUAAAUACCUUGCAGAAAUUAAUAAAACAUUCCAAAAAAUAAAAGUAGGAAUGUGUAAAAUAAAUCAGACAACAUGUAUACAAAAAUAUAAGAAAAUAAGUGUUUUGGUUACCAAUACUAAGACAAAUUUGAAUGCUGGAGAUUCUAUACCUGCUGAUUUGAUCUACGAUAACGCACAAGUUUAUAGCCACUGUCAACCUAUAGGUAUGAAAUUCUGAGACUAAGAGCAAAGCCUAAAAGUGAAAUCUGCUAAAGGGAUAUCUAAGGACCAGGCAGUAGGUUUCUAAACAAGCAAUGGAUUAAAUACACCAAUUUUCAUGGAGAAAUAGCCGUGUGGUUAAGAAUUAAAUCUGCCCCUGUCCUGCAAAAAAGAAAAAUCCAGUGGACAUUAAAUGAUGAAUGUUUUGUUGAAACCAAGUGUGAAGCAAAAGGCCCUUGUGCAAGGUACUGUUCAGCUACAUUGAACUCGAAACCAUACAAUACUAUUCUAUAUUUCUGAAAUGAAGAAUCUAUAUUAUGUAUUUGUCAGACUGGUAACCUCAUGAUUGUUGCUUUCAUUAUGUUUCAGUUGUGUUCGCUCCAACCUUCUUCAGGUGUCUUAUGAUGAACUUGAUUGUUAUAUCAGAAUUUUGAUACAUUCCACAGAGAGUAGAACGAGAAUAGUGUACCUCUGUGAAUCAAAGAGUUAGGUUUGAAAUUCUGAUACAACUGAGUUUGACACAAGACACGAAAAGAAGAAUGGAAUGUACAACAGCCAAAAUGUUGCGAAAGCAAUAAACAAGAUCAAGACACCACUCUGGUUAAUACAAACAGUGUACAUAAUUGAAAGCACACAAUUUCAAAUUGAAUUUCAUAACCAUGUAGCUAUGUUCUUGGUUAGGAAAUUUCAACUGAAAAAUAUAUGAAUAAAAGAGACUGUAACUGAUCAAUAUUUACUUACGAAUUAACUGUUCAAUGAUUUCAGUUUGUUUACUGAUUGGGAAAAAUAAGAAAGUGUCUUUCAGUGUCAAAGGGCAUGUUAGGUGAGAAUUGUUCCCAAUAUAGAGCAGUGUUGGGUUAUGCCCUUGUGAAGUUCCACCAAUCUUCCACACAACCGUUUCUUUCAAUAUAAUAUCAACAGAAAAAAAGACUGCUGUAGAUUCUUCAUAAUUCACUUGAACCUGAAUAAUAAAUAAUAAAAUAUUAACUGUUACAACAAUAAUUGGCACAGGGCCAGUAGUUUUAGCCAAUUACAUCAACUCAAAUACUUGGCAGGUAGUUUAUUUUAUCAACCCCAAAAGGAAGACUGGCAAAAUUGAUCUCAGCAGUAUUUCAACGCAAAACACAGAGAAUCAAAAGAAAUGCUACUAAGAUGUUUGAUUGUCAAAGAGACAUUAUCAAGUAUCAAUAAUAUUAAUACGCCAAUUUGUUUUUUGUAUAUAUCUGACGCAUGUGUAACACAUAAGAGAAAGAAAUUGUUGAAAUGUUGUUGCUUAAAUAAAAAUUUUUUUAACUA